AUGUCAGAGGAGAAGCAGCAGGAGUGGGGGCAACGCUGCAUCAGCUGUGUCUCUCUCCAGAAUCUCAGCUACGAUUUCCACGCCUGUGCCAGUGCUGGUGAAAUCCGGCUCCUUGGCAGGGCUUGGAACACCAGCGUGGAGCAGGGCUUGUCCUAUGAGGGGGAGCAGCGGAAAGGGAACCGUGCCCGGGUCAAAGGAGAUUUUGAGGCGACGAAAGCUAGCUGGUUUAGUUAUAAAGAAGCUUGUCUGAGAAGGUUGCAGACGCCGAAAAAUGAUACGGAAGUAUAUUGCAAUGGGAGUUUUGAUCGUUUUAUUUGCUGGCCACAUUCAUCUCCAGGAAAUGUCUCUGUUCCUUGUCCACCUUAUUUACCUUGGAUAAAAAAUGGAAAUGAAAUAAAAGUAUACAGAGUCUGCCUGGACCAAGGUGUUUGGAAAACCAAUGGAAACACCAGCGAGGUUUGGAGCACGCGCUCAGAAUGCCUUCAGAAGAUAAACCCAACAAGCAAUGACCAACACACCUUGCUGAUCAUCCUCAAGAACCUUUAUACUGUGGGAUAUUCCUUCUCUCUUGCUUCCCUUGUUUUAGCACUGUUCAUCAUGUUGCUGUUUAGGAAGCUACAUUGCACAAGAAACUACAUCCAUAUGAACCUGUUUGCUUCAUUCAUCCUGAGAGCCAUAGGAGUUCUUAUAAAAGACAGCAUAACUCACAACACUUAUUUAUUUGUUUAUACUGACUCCGAGAAGCCAAAUGAUGAAAACGGAUGGAUUUCCAUCUUAAGUCCACAGAAGCUGGCCUUUUGCAAGGUGGGCCCAUUUUUCUUGCAUUAUACUGUUGGGGCAAAUUAUUUCUGGCUUUUAGUGGAAGGAAUUUACCUCCAUAGAUUAUUGGCCACCGUGGUCUCUGAAAAACACCAGCUGCUGAGAUACAUCUUCAUUGGAUGGGGUGUUCCAGUUCUAUUUGUAAGUUUCUGGGGAAUAAUAAAAUACCACCUAGAACGUGAAGGAUGCUGGGCUACAAAUGACAACAUGGCAGUCUGGUGGAUCAUCCGAGGGCCCAUAUUACUUUCCAUUGUCGUUAAUUUCUACAUCUUCCUAAACAUUAUGAAGCUGCUGCUUUCCAAACUUAAGGCCCAGCAAAUGAGCUUUCAGGAUUACAAAUUCAGAUUGGCAAGAUCAACGCUUGUGCUAAUUCCCUUACUUGGGAUUCAUGAGAUUGUCUUUAGCUUCAUCACUGAUGAACAAAUAGAAGGCCUUUCCAGGCAUAUCAAAACCUUCAUUCACCUGACCUUCAGCUCCUUCCAUGGUUUUUUUGUGGCACUUUUAUAUUGUUUCUCUAAUGGCGAGGUAAAAGCGGAAUUGCGCAAGCAGUGGUCCCGUUUCUUGCUGGCAUACCCCUUUGUCUGCAUGCCGUGCUUACUUGGAAAGAACAUCAAGCACCUGGGGAGAUGUCCAAGGAAACAGCAUUUGAGCAAUAACUGCUUAUCCCUGGAGGUGUCUCAGCCACGGAGCAUGCAAGUGACAAAACAGAGAACAGGCUGCAUGGUGGAGCUAAGCCCCACGUUAAGGCACGAUCCCAGAAGAAGCAUUUCAGACAGCAGUGAAGGGGAAUUCACUGCUGGGGAGACAAUAGAAGACUUCUUUGAAGAAAGUGAGAUUUAA